CAUAUAUUUUACUCUUUUUUAAGGUAGUAUUUGCUAGAAACGUGGUGGUACUUAUCAAAAUGCAGGUUCCACCUAUUUUUAUGGAAUUGCCCUUAGAGGAUCAGGCACAAGAACUAAGGGUGUAUUUUAAAAGCUUGGGUGCCGAAAUAAGUGAAGAAAAAUCUCCCAAAGGUAUAGAAGAUGAUUUACACAAAAUUAUUGGUGUGUGUGAAGCUUGUUUCAAAGAAGGAAAUGAAAAUGAAAUAGAAACUGUUUUAAAUGACAUUGUAUCUAUUAUGAUAGUGAUUCCUACUGAAAGGGCUGAAAAUUUAAUAUUAGCAUUUUGUGAAAAGUUAACAAAAGCACCUGGAUAUAAACUUGGAUUAGUAUGUUUAAAAGCGUUAUGGCUAUUGUUUCAAUCUUUGUCAGACGAUUCUCCCAUGAGAUAUCAUGUCUAUUAUCACUUAGUUCAAAUUGCUCGCAAUGUUGAUCAAGUAAAAGCAGUAUAUAGCGGAAUAGAUCAGUUGAAGCAACAAUUUGCAUCAUUUCCACCAUCAAAUGAACAAAUGCAAAAGUUACUUCGGCUACUUCAUGAAGUACUUCUAAGUUGUAAACAAGGGGAACAAGCUGCUGCAGUUAUGGUAGAACUUUUAGGCACUUAUACAGCUGAAAAUGCUUCUGCUGCCAGGGAAGAUGCACAACGUUGUAUUUUAGCUGCACUGGCAGACCCAAAUACAUUCCUACUUGAUCCACUAUUAGCAUUAAAACCUGUAAGGUUCUUAGAAGGAGAACUUAUUCACGAUCUGCUCCUAGUCUUUGUUCAAGACAAAUUACCUGCGUAUCUACAUUUCUAUCAACAUCAUAAGGAAUUUGUAGAACAUCAACUUGGAUUGAAUCAUGAACAAAACAUGAAAAAGAUGAGAUUACUUACAUUCAUGCAAUUGGCAGAAACAAAUCCUGAAAUGUCAUUUGACACAAUUCAAGAAGAAUUGCAAAUUAAUGAGGAUGAAGUAGAAAGUUUUAUUAUUGAUGUAUUAAAGACGAAACUCGUUAGAGCUCGUAUGGAUCAAGCAGGUCGUAAAGUUCUUAUUUCAAGUACCAUGCAUAGAACAUUUGGUCGACCACAAUGGAUGCAAUUACGUGAUUUACUUGCAGCUUGGAAAGCAAACUUAUCUGCUGUGCAAGAGGGGAUGAAAUCUGUAGCCGCUGCACAAAUGGAACUUGCAGCAAAAAAUAAAGCUGCAAUCAAUCAUUAAUAACAUUUAAAUUAUGUUUACAAAAGCCGUAAGCUGCGCAUACAAAUGUCCAUUGCAAACUGAAAUUAUUUAAUUUAUAACCCUGUCUAAAUAAAUAUACGUAUCGUAUACCGCA